ACGGUGAGCCCGGGGUCCCCGACUCUCCCUCCGCGGAACCCCCAAGCCGAGGGUCUUUCCUGCCUCUCCUGUCAGCCGGAGCCUCACCAUUGAAGACUUCGAAAUCGGGCGUCCCCUGGGCAAGGGGAAAUUUGGGAACGUGUACCUGGCCCGGCUCAAGGAGAGCCAUUUCAUUGUGGCCCUGAAAGUGCUCUUCAAGUCGCAGCUGGAGAAGGAAGGGAUGGAGCACCAGCUGCGCAGAGAAAUUGAAAUCCAGGCGCAUCUACGACAUCCCAAUAUCCUACGCCUGUACAACUACUUCCAUGAUGCACGUCGUGUGUACCUGAUUCUGGAAUAUGCUCCAAGGGGUGAGCUCUACAAGGAGCUGCAAAAGAGCCACACAAUAGAUGAGCAACGUACAGCCACGAUAAUGGAGGAGCUGGCAGAUGCUCUGACCUAUUGCCAUGAGAAUAAGGUGAUUCACAGGGAUAUUAAGCCGGAGAACCUGCUGCUGGGGUUCCGGGGUGAGGUGAAGAUUGCAGACUUUGGCUGGUCUGUGCACACCCCGUCGCUGAGGAGAAAGACGAUGUGUGGGACUCUGGACUACUUGCCCCCAGAAAUGAUCGAGCAGAAAACGUACAAUGAGAAGGUGGAUCUCUGGUGCAUCGGGGUGCUCUGCUAUGAGCUGCUUGUGGGAAAUCCACCUUUUGAGAGCUCCUCCUAUUCGGAGACCUACAGACGCAUCCUCAAGGUUGAUGUAAAGUUUCCUCCAUCAAUACCUUUGGGGGCCCAGGACUUGAUCAGCAAGCUUCUCAGAUACCAGCCCUCGGAGAGGCUGCCUUUGGCCCAGAUCCUGCAGCACCCCUGGGUGCGGGCCCAUUCUCGGAGGGUGAUGCCUCCGUCUACUCAGAUGGCUUCCUGAGCCCUGUCUGCCCCGUUCCUCUGUGUUUGUUUAGGAAGCUCUCCUGGCUCUGCUAUCUUGUCUGUCUUUUUGUUUCUUCUCUUUUAAAAUACAAGAUGCUAAUUAAUAAAAGGUUAAUCAUUAAA